AUGGAGGAAUGCAAGACAGUGGCAACCCCACUUGAUCCUGGUUUUCAAGUAGCAUGUGACAAAGACUGCAAACGAGCUGAUAUACAAGCAUAUCAAACAUUAAUGGGAGAGCUUAUGUAUUUGGCGAUCACAACUCGUCCCGAUAUUGUACAUUCAGUAGCCAAGCUGUCGCAGAAAAAUAGCGACCCUCACAUUGAACAUUUUAAUGCAGGCAAGAAAAUAUUAAGGUAUUUGGCUGGUUCUACUGAGUUGAAGAUUGAGUACAAGGAUGGUAAAAAAGAAUUGUGCGGUUAUGCGGAUGCAGAUUGGGGAGGUAACCCCAUUGAUAGAAAAUCCUAUACAGGAUUCUUAUUUUAUUAUGGAGAGUGUUUGAUUUCGUGGGAAUCUAAAAAACAACGUGUAGUAGCGUUGAGUAGCACAGAGGCAGAGUAUAUAUCAAUAUCAAAUGCUGCUCGAGAAGCUGUAUAUUUAAAAAGGGUGCUAUAUGAACUCGAAGGUGUUGAGAACAAAGCAGUGAUUCUAAAUGUUGAUAAUCAAGGUGCUAUGAAGUUGGCAACGAACCCUGUAUUCCACAACCGCAGUAAGCAUAUUGAUAUCAAAUAUCAUCACGUUCGCGAUGAAAUAUGUAAGAAGCAAAUUGAACUUAAAUAUGUCAACACUAAUGAAAUGAUUGCGGAUAUAUGCACUAAGAAUUUGCACAAAAUUAAACAUAAGAAAUUUGUAGAAUUAAUGAACUUAAAAAAUGUUGAAUAA